AUGGCAAACGACAACACUACUGGCUUGGAUGCCAGUCUCUCGAGUCUGAACUCUAUCCGGAACGACACCUCAGACCCCUCCAGCGCAAACAUCGACAGCCAGCAAUCCAAGUGGACAUCCGCCUCGACGUCACUGACAGCUUCGCCUGUACCAUCGAGAGAUCCCUCCCCAACACGACCUCCUGCAAAGUCGGGGAGAACGAGCCGUGCAUCCACGCACUCGACCAGAUCGCGCAAGAACAGCCUCCAGGACCCAAGUCCUUCAAGGUCCAGAUCUUACCAGCCGACACACUCUGCGAUACCGCGACAGCAACUAUCCAUUGCUACGACACCGACAUUGCCUCCCCCGUCGAAGACCGAUUCUCCCGUGCGGGCAACUGUUCCGCAAAAGCCCUCCACCUCAGCCGAGCACUCGAAAGAUGCACCCCGGUGGCCUAUCUCUCCGCGACUCAAAUCCCCUCCGCCUAGCCUCGGCAGGCCACACUUGACCCUUUCGACGCGCAUGAACGACCAAGAACCUCCCGCCAUAAAUGUUCAACACUCGAGUCCCUUGCCACAUGCGGAACCAGCUUCGCAGUCUACGUCGGACAGCGAGGCUGAAGAUCCCCUUUUGUCUUCUGGCAUGAGGACACCGGCUCGUGGACCGAGCAGCGGAUCGUCCACUCUGGAAACGGUACAGGAGAUUAGUCAACCCAAUACACCAGGACUGGGAGACGAUACUACGACCGACAAGCUCGCUGAGACUACUACGGAUAGUUCUGCCAAACCCAGCCAGAAUGCGACAAACAGCGGGAGCGGGAGCGACAGUGGAAGUGUCAAGGCCAAUACGAGACGGCCUAAUGCUGCCGCGCCGCCGCCUGCACUCCACAACAGGCAAUCCAGUUCGGCGCUCAAAUUUGGCGGCAGGGGGCAAACAUCCGGCGAGAGCUCGUCAAGGAAUAUGACUGUUGAGGAAGAGGCAGUCAGAAGCAUUCCGCAGACGUCAUUAGUUCCCAACGUGGGCGGCCAGGGAGUUAACGGUAGCUUGAGAACAAGACCGAGCACAGAGACCAUAAAACCAAGGAAGGAAAAGAAGAAGCAUAACAGAAAACCAACAUCUGUUGCGUCGGGCAAUGCAUCCUCAAAAGCAGAUAUCUUCGAGGCUAAAGUAGCCAGCGCGGUAGAGGAGGCCAAUUCUUCUGACUCGGAUGAGACAUUUGUCUACGACUCAAACCCGCCCGAAGUAGGCGACCGCCCCCGUCGUUACCAUUCGCGCACGCCCAGUGCCACGUCUAUGGUCAGCCAAGUCGACCGCAAUAACCUGCGAAGUAUCCACGGUGUGCUAGAGGGCAACGCGCACAAUCUCCCAGUCAAGAAGAAUAUGAAAUUUGUGAACACUUACAAUAGUAACGGAAACGACAGCGUUCAUGGUGAAGAUGACGGCAGAGGGACAGCCCGGAGCAAUGCUGGUUCUGCCCGAGGAACGGCACGUCACCACCACCAUCAUCCCCGUUGGGGUCGUAACAAUGGCAACAAUCAUACGUCAAUAUUCGACAACGAGUCGCCCUUUCCCAACGCAGCAAGAUCCAAGUUCAGCGGCAAUACCUCUAGGCAGUCAUCCAACCCUUCCAGUCCUCGAUUCAACAACUCCGGUCGGGCCUGGAUGUCCAGCAGUAAAAGACAGAUGACGUCGGUCGGCGGUUACGACUUGGACGACACGACGACGACUGGGGCCGACGAUGAGAGGACUCCCCUUCUUCCAACCGGUGUGGCUCGAUCUAUUCGGUCCAACCGAAGCAGGCGUGCUCCACUCUCGCGAAAUUUGGAGGCCCAGACAUACCGGCGCACCCCGUCGUUCCUCAACCGCUUUGCCAGCUGCCUGGUCCUCACAGUGAUGCUACUUCUUGUCAUCUCAGGGGCUAUCGGGUUCAUGUUUGCGACAUCCCAGCCGCUCACCGACAUCAAGCUCGUGAAGAUCGGCAAUGUCCUUGCUAGCGAGCAAGAACUGAUGAUGGACCUCACCGUCAGAGCGCAUAAUCCCAACGUGGUCGUUGUCAUGAUCGACUCGGCGGACCUUGAGGUAUUUGCCAAAUCUCCACACGCAGGCACCGACUCAGAAUGGUGGCGCCACCCUCAUAGAGACGACUUUGGGAUUUCAGACGAUCCGCAGGAUGACCCACCGGACUUGGGUGACCCUUCCGACGACGAUAAAGCACCCAACAUGCGGCUUGGCAACAUACUCUCGUUUGAUAGUCCGUUGACAUACGAGGGCUCAUUCUUUCAGUCCGGCAUAUCUACUUCCACCGGCGAAUUGCGUCUAGCCCAUCCCGGCAAUGGUACUGACAGCGGGACCGAGCGAUGGGAACGCAUAAUCUCCGACGACUUCAUUCUCAUCGUCAAAGGUGUGAUAAAGUACACACUCCCUCUCAGUCAGAGGGUCAGAAGUGUCGCGAUUUCGGGCAAAGCUACCGUCAAGCCCAACUCGGCGAAUGAUCCAUCCCUUCAACCUAACAGGACAGAAGUGGGAAUUUACUGA